AGGCAACCAUUUAGCUUUUUAUUUUCAUGAUUGAUUUUUUACCCGAUGCGAUUGAUUCUACCUUCGCUGCAUUGGUUCCCUCGUAUCUACGACGAUAUCUAUGACGACCUUCGUCUCGAGAUCUACAGCAUCAACAUGUUUUAGUUUGGUGUUAAGUAAUGCUAUCUGGAAAAAGCUCUGCUCUAGUACUUGUUCUCGUCCUUUUUUUUUGAAAUAAAUAUGUCGGAGAGAACUCCGACAUGAUCACCGAGCUCAACAUCA